AAUGACUUAAUAUUUCGUUUUCGUACACUUGUGACUUGUGUCUUAUAUUUCGUUCAAAAUUGAGCGUCUAAGUGUAUUGAAUUGGACUGGUGAUGUGAGGUUUGGAGAUAUGGAGACGAUGAUAAACGUGUGGACCGUGGUGGAGCAGGUCCGUGUGGCCAGCAGCGCCGUAGAGCUGGUUAUCUUCACCGCUAUACUGUAUUGGUUCUUUACUUCGAGUCGCGUAGCAGACAUGUUGGAAGUGGUAGGGGAGAGAGUGGGUGGGUGGUGCGGCGGUGUUCGGGAGACUAGCUCGCUGCGACAAGCGAUGCGCGCUCGUAGACGUGCCAAUGCAGAUGUUUAUGCCAAACUCGACGCUGAACUUGCUACAAGAACUUCAGCGCUGUAUCGUCUUAAAGAGAGCCCGCAAGUACCUUCCCCCCAACCCGAAACGCGACCGCCGGCCGGCCUAGCUUGCUCCAGAUGUGCCCCACUGUCAAGGGAAUCCUGGAAAGACUCUAAGACCGAGGAAUCAGGGGCGGUCAUCAACAUACUAAACAUUGGCAGACAAACAUUCGCCAACGGCGGUGUGGUCUCCCGCUAUCUAUGCGACUUAGCACAAUGUGUGUACCUUAUCAAUUAUGACUACAGGGAAAUUUUACCCAGUGUGAUAAAGGACGAACAUUUCCAACGCGCAAUUGAAGAUACGACCCGUGAAGAACUCAAAACGAUAGCUAAAGAAAAACAUAGCGAAGAGCACGGAAAAGACAAAAACAUGGAGAAGACAUACGCAAGUGUGAGGAAACGCGUUGAAGAACGAGCGAUGAAAGUGCUUCACGAUAUUUCGUCGUCCAUGUCGAAUAAUGUGCUCAGACUGGUGGCAUGGUUAUGCCACAAGGCGGUUCGCCGUAUUGCCGGUGGAGGGUGCGGAACCCGGUCUGCUUGUGUAGAAAGGCUUCGGAGGGCUAAGGCCGCGGGCCUACCGCUAGUGUUUGUACCGUUACAUCGGUCUCACUUCGACUACAUCCUGGUCACUUUCACACUGUACCUGACUGGUCUCCGACCGCCCUUAGUAGCGGCUGGAGACAACAUGAGGAUACCUUUCUUUGGAUGGUUCCUACGUUGCUGUGGUGCUUUCUUCAUUAGACGACGAGUUGACGGGUCUGAACACCACGGCGACCCAAUAUAUAAAUCUGCUCUAAGGGCAUAUAUCCUAAAUAGUCUAGCAGCUAACAAUAAUCUAGAAUUCUUCAUCGAAGGUGGACGCACGAGGACAGGAAAACCUCAGCUGCCAAAAGCUGGCAUUCUCUCUGUGAUAUUAGACGCGUAUCUUGACGGUACAAUCGACGACGCGUUGCUAGUGCCCGUGACGCUAAACUAUGAUAAAUUGGUGGAUGGUAAUUUUGUAAGGGAACAGUUGGGAAUGCCAAAACAAAUGGAAACAUUCUGGUCGGCCCUUCGCGGUAUUUGGAGGACCUUAAAUACAAACCACGGUGGUAUUAGAGUGGAUUUCAAUCAACCUAUAUCUCUUAAGGAAUUAGUAACGUCGUUUCAAAAGUAUAAUUAUCUGAAAGCCCCAACAGAAACGACAUUCACACCUCAAAAUGAUUUAGCGGUGAAUCUCGACAGACAGAUACUGUACAAUCACAGUCACAGUAGUUUGUUCGGAGCUGACGUCAGUACCGAGCAAAAAAUGAUGGUAGAAGCGAUCGGGAGACACCUAGUUUAUGACGCAGCUCAAUCAACGGCGCUUAUGUGUACAAAUGUGGUGUCAUACGUGCUUCUGACUGAACAGAGGAAAGGUUGUAGUUUAUCUGCCUUGCAAGCAAGUGUGGAUGCGAGAGGCAAGGCACUGAAGAUAGCCGGAAGAGAUCUCGGUUACACGGGUGAACCGCACCUCGUAGUAAAGAGAGCUCUAGAGACGCUGGGGAGUGCGCUGGUCCGAACGGAUAACGCAAGACGAGUGUGUGCGCAACGCUCGGUGGCCGCCGCGCUCGAGCUCGCCUACUACGCCAACGCGCUCGUGGCGCACUACGCCGCGCCCGCCGUACUCGCAACGGCCUUAGAAAGUAUUAUGUACAAUCAAAACGUUGAAGACGAUACGGUGCGACAUUCCGAGCUAAUGGAGGCGGCGCUCCAGUUGAGCGAGAUAUUGAGCCAGGAGUUCAUACUGUGUGCGCCGUGUACGAGGAUAGAAGAGAGGUUAUUGGAAGCCUUGGGGGACCUUCGUGCGCAGGAUAUACUCUUAGAUACAGAGACCCCUGACGCGUUAGAAGAGCAGCGCUGGUCACGUCGCUUUGCGAAGACUUUUGACGAUGAUGAAGACGAGCCUCGAGACCCCACCUCCGCCCUUAAGUACAAGGUGGCCAACACACCAGAAGCCCUCGCUGAGCGACGUCGGCUAGUGCAAACGAUCCGGCCGCUAUUAGAGGCUUAUUCGGAGACUUGUCGAAAUAUUCGCGACGCGUCACAAAAGGAAGUUGUGGGCUCCACUCUGGACUCUCUACUGGAUAGAUAUGCACAGAACAAAAUGAUUUACGGUGAAGCAGUUUCAACAGACGCUAUAAGGAAUUGUCUGAGGCUGUUACGCCAAUGGGGCGUUGUAGAAUUAUAUACGGACAAUCGUGAGAGAAAAGUACGAAUAUGUACGCCUUACGACGAUAAGAGUAAUUUAGACAAUAUCUGUGCUAAUAUACACAAGUUUAAUAUGGACACGCCGUUGAUUAAGUUAUAAGUGAAGUGUUUUUUUAGUCCUUUAAUAUGACGAAGUGAUUGGUGGAAGUUGUUGCUAUUGCUAGUGGAUCGCUAUCGCUAGCUGUCAUCUGUCAGAUACAUACAUAGCGCUAUAGAAAACAAAAGUUAUUUCUCUGUUACUUUAUUAAACCUUAUAUCAUAUUCAAUUAUGCAAAUUAACUGCCUAUUUGACAGAUAGGAGAACAAAAGGAUAACAAAGCUUUAGUAAAACGAUCAUGUUGAUAUCUUUUGUUAUUUGAAAUGUAACUUAUGUUAUAAUUUUAUUACACAUUAUUUUUAACCAAUAUGUUAUGGUAGUCGAUAGUUAACUACUUUGUAUCAAAGUUUGCGAUAGCGAUUCGAUGUUAUUGCAAACAGCAAUGUUCAACAAUUGACUCCCAGUUUUGGCACAUUGAAUAUGAGCUGUGAAUGUUUGAGUGCUUUAGUUAAAAACUAGUUUACUUUUUAUUAAUUUAAGGGUGAUAGAUUUAUGUUUUAAAGUGAAUUAAAUUGAACAAUUGCAAUAUUGUAUACGUAUGGACAAAGGAAUCUUACAUAUGUUGCAUUUAUUUAGUCACAUAUUCUAUAGCAAUCAACUCGGAAAACGAGAUAUGGACGGGUCUCAAGAUUAAAAUCUAAUCUUAGCAAUUGUCACGAAGCUUAGAAAUUUUGUGGAAAUAUAAUCAACGACUGAAAUUAAAUUAUGCUAUAUUUAUUAUAUAAGAGCCUAACUAAUUAAUGUAUGUAUAUAAAUAAAAGUAAAAUGGAUUUCGUUGUAACAUUUGUACAAGAUUUUGUUCUUGGGAUCCAUCAAUAUAUUAUAUUGACAAAAAUUUUCUUAGCAUAUUAUCAAUUGAAAUGGUAUUUUCUAUCUAUAUCUCAGAAUAUAUAUUUUCAUUUUUAAAUCUGAAGUUGAAGUUAAUAAUCUAUUAACAAAGUUAAAUUUAAAAAAUUGUAUAACAUUUAAUAUUAAUUUACAACUGAAAGCUGAGAAGGUAGAAAUGAUAUCUGUGCCUCCUGUAAAAAGUUAUACAAGUCGAAAAUAAUCACUUUACAGUCUUUACAGGAGAGCAAAAACAUGGCUAAAAAAAUCUUGUUCAUGGACUAAUUGGACUGGAUUCAAUAUUUUCUAGAGUAAAACAUUAUCUUUCUAUAUAUUAGUUUAUUUAGUAAAUAUUUUAUUAUAAAAGUAAUUUACGAAAUCUCAGUUGUACAUUUUUCCACAAUUUUUAAGUGCUAAAAUUAUGUGAUGUAUUAUACUUGUAUAUAAUACAUUUAAAUUACACCCAUAACUUGUUUUUGUAACUCCUUUUAAAAAAAUUAUCUUGGUAUAAUGUUCCUUAAACAAAAGGUACAGAUUUAACUAAUAAUAAUAAGAUAGACCUAUAUUUUUUUGUUACAAUUUGACAAAUAUCGAUAUUAUAUGUUACAAAAAUAUUUCCCCAACUAUGGAAGAACGUGAGUUAGUCCAAAAAAAUCGAUUAUUUUUCUUUGAUAAUGCCUGUAAUCACAUCACAAUAAGGGUAAUAUAAUUCGAUUAAUAUCACUUAUCACAGAAGCCAAAGCUUUCUCAAGUGGUCAUCAAAUUUAACAGCCGAUCUCAAUAAUCUGUCCUUGAUUUUGUUUACUAAAAAAAAUGUUUGAUAUAAAAACUGUACAAAUUGUCAGUGUAUCCUCAUUAAAGUAGGAAAUAGUAUAUUAAACAGAUUUAUGAUUUACUGAAACUGUUAAUUAAAGGACCAGUUUACAGGAGUAUUGUGACCAUGUUGUUUAAAAACUUUACUUUUUCAAUGUGCCUAGAAGUUUUUUAACUGGGUAUGUUACAAUCCUCCAAUGAUAUGACGGUUAUGGUGAUUUUGUGAUCUAUAUUAAGACAUGUAUAAAAUACGUAACCAUUGUCUACGAUAUAUCAUUCUGUAUAUAAUUACCUAUAUCUAUCCUAUAUGAUGUGUACAUGAUGUGCAAAGAACAGUCAAGAGAAUGCUUUUCGACAUAGAAAUAAAAAUGUCAUUUUAA